UAGAGGUGAGAGAAAGAAAGAGUGCAUUUGUUCAACAAGCCUUUAAUUUGUCUUCCUCUCUUCCUUCUUUCUCUUAUUAUUAUCACUCAACCAAAUCCUCCCACCACCUCUUUUCUUUUCUCAAAUCUAGGGUUCCUCUCUUCUCCUCUUUCAAAUAUUCAUUUUUUUUACUCUUAUUUUUUUAUAUAUAUAAAAUCUCCCCCCCACACCAACAUAUUUUAAUUUCUAGCCUUACAUAUUUUUUUUAUAAAAAAAAUUCCUGUUGUUGUAUACUCUUUUAAUUAUUUUUUUUUCUUUUUUAUGGUCAUUAUGGCUGGUCUAGAUUUAAGUAGUGCAUCUCGUUACGUUCAUCAACUUCAUCACCCUGAAUUCAAUCUCCAAAUUCAAUCCGAACACGAUGAAAAUACAAAAAACAAUCCAUUUUCAGAUGACCAUCACGACAACAAUCCGUUUGAUCUAGUUGGUGGAAAUUCAUCUGGACCGGGCGACCUAGUUGGUCGUAGACCAAGGGGUCGCCCUCCGGGGUCCAAAAAUAAACCGAAGCCCCCGGUUAUUAUCACUAGGGAAAGUGCGAAUACGUUACGAGCUCACAUACUUGAAAUUGGUAAUGGAUGUGAUGUAUUUGAAUGUAUAUCAUCGUAUGCUAGACGAAGACAACGUGGGAUCUGUAUAUUAAGUGGAAGUGGAAUUGUUACGAAUGUAAGUAUAAGACAACCAGCAAGUAGUGGUAAUAAUAAUAAUAACAAUAACAGUUCUUCAUCGGUUGUUACAUUAAAUGGGAGAUUUGAGAUUUUAUCACUAAGUGGUUCAUUUUUACCACCACCAGCACCACCAGGGGCAACAAGUUUGACUAUUUUUUUAGGUGGUGGACAAGGACAAGUUGUUGGAGGAAGUGUGGUAGGUGAGUUGAUAGCUGCUGGACCAGUUAUUGUAAUAGCUUCAUCUUUUACUAAUGUUGCUUAUGAAAGAUUGCCUUUAGAGGAAGAUGGUAAUACACAAGGUUCUGAUGGUGGUGAUGGGGUUCUUAAUAAUAAUAACCCUUUUCCGGACCCGUCUAAUCCUGGGCUUCCGUUUUUUAAUCUACCGUUAAAUAUGCCUAACUGUUUAAAUCCUGGAUCUGCUUCUGUUGAUGGUUGGGUGGGGAAUCCAGGUCUUCGCCCACCUUUUGGAGUUUAGUGCAGACACAGAAUUCGAGCUUGUUCAUAUUGAUCAAUCAAGAAUGGAAGCUAAUUUGGAUCAAUGAAGAAAUAUGGGGAUUCUUGAAUCAAAAAAGGUCAGCUAAAUUAGUGUACCAUCUUUUUUUUUAGUGUAUCAUCUUUGUUCUAGAGAUUUUGAGUUUUUUUUUUUUUGUCUUGUAUGUUAUUUUGGGGUCAUGUAACUCUAUGAAUUCUGAAAUUGGUCAUCUUAAUUAAUGUUCUUUAUGGAAACUUUCUAUAAAGAAAUAUGGUUUGGGAAAUCAA